AUGUCCUUCUUCUCCUCCUGUUUCUAUUGCUUUGCCCCGAAAGCAACAGAAACAGAAGAAGAGAAAGUUUUGUUUGACGACGAUGGUGAUGAGAUAUCGGAAAAAACCAAUCAGGUGACGCUGGAGAACGUCGAGAACGAAGAAAACGACGAGAAGAUGAACACGGAUAAAACGGAAACGUACGAAGACAACUCGAGAAAAGAUGAGACGAAUAAGAAUAAGAAUAAUAAGAGGAAUAAGGAUUCCGAGAGGGAUAAGAAGAAGAAGACGAGUGGGAGCGCCAACAACAACGAGGAGGAAAACGAUCGGAACUCGCUUUCCUCCAAUACAGGGUCGUCCACUUCCUCCACCUCUUCCACGAAUUACAACGCGCAAAUGAAAACACCUCCACAGGUGGCAAAUCGACGAUUAGGUUCGUUAAAACUCACACCAUCAGUCCAGAAACUCUCGAUUAUCAUGGACGAUAAAGAGCACGAGCAGUUGAAUCAAUACAUUAUGAUUAAAGAUUUGGGACGAGGCGCGCACGCGAAAGUGAAACUCGGGUUGAACAAGAUGGAUAAUAAUUUAUACGCGCUGAAGAUACGAAACGAACGGGUGAGAGUAGCAGAGGCGGCGGUGAGGAAAGAAAUUGCUAUUUUGAAGAAGCUUUCGCAUCCGCACGUGUUAAAAUUGCACGAAGUCAUCGACGAUACGGUGAGUAACGAAUUGAUUUUGGUCCUCGAGUACGCGCCCGGAGGGCCUAUUUUUACACGAUUCAACAGAGUGCCGCUAUCAGAGAAAGUUUUACACGGAUACGCGAGAGAUAUCGUUUUAGGAUUAGAUUACUUGCACUCGUUAGAAAUUGCGCACAUGGAUUUGAAACCAGAGAACAUGUUGAAAAUGGCAGAUGGCGUGAAACUGUGCGAUUUCGGUGUGAGCGUAGAUUCCGAGUUGACCGGGGUGACCAGAUCGACUCGUUUAGCCGGAACACCCGCGUUUUUAGCUCCAGAGAUGUUGGACGAAACCGGGUACGAUCCGAUGCCGAGCGAUGUUUGGUCGUUGGGCGUCUGUUUGUAUAACAUGGCAACCGCGCGGUUGCCGUUUACAGGAAAGACGGUUUUCCAAAUUGUUGCGAUGGCGAAGAGCACAGAGUUGAAAUUCCCAGACGAAGACGCAGAUGCCAUUGUCAACGCAACAACCGUACCUUCACCGCCGCCCCCGAAAUUAUCAAAUUUGUUGAAAGAUAUGUUGCGAAAAAUGUUAGUCGUCGAUCCGAAAGAACGCAUAUCGAUUGCUGGGAUGAUGGAACAUCCGUGGGUGACCGAGGAAGGGAAAAAGCCUUUGGGACGACCGAGAACGAAAUCACCUUCGAUGAAGUUGGAAGUUACCGAAGAAGAUAUCGACAACGCCGUGCGUACGAAUCCUUUGGCAGCUAUUUUACAACCAGCGUUUAGAAUAGAAAGGUUCAAGGAUGGGGAAGUUUUGAUGCGUAAAGGGGAAGUAGGAGAUAGAAUGUAUUUCAUAAAUAAAGGCGAGUGCGAGGUGCUGAUGGAUGCGUUGUUAGAAGCGGCGGCGGUGGUAGAUGAUAGCAGUAGCAAAAAUAACGACAACGAGGACGUUCUGUGUAUUAGAUACGCUGGCGAAAUCGUCGGUGAAUUAGCCUUCCUAACGGCGAUUGAAAAGCGGAAAGAUAAGAAAACUCCAGGCGUCGGAUAUAGAAACGCAACCGUUCGAGCUAAAGGUGAAGUGGAAUGCCUAGCUGUUACGGUGACCGAUAUGCUCGAAGCGCUCGAAUUUGAUGAAUCUUCCAGAGCUUCUGUCGUUGAAGUCGCGGAAUAUAGAAAUCGACAAACCGAAGAAGUCAUUCAACAAAUCGCCGAAUCCAAGCUCGAUGAUGCCAAGCACUCUAAACCGGUGUUGAAUAUCGAGAAGACUUUGCGGAUAUUAUACGCCGAGGAUUCUUUGCCGACACAGAUGAUUGUCAAAGCGCUCAUGCGCAAGAUUGGUAAAGUUGAAUUGACGAUAGCAUCAAACGGUCGAGAAGCGGUCGAUGUCUGUAAAAAGCUAGAGAAGAAGGAAGAAUUGUUCGACUUGAUAUUGAUGGAUUGUCAAAUGCCCGUCAUGGAUGGUUUAGAAGCUACGAGAGAGAUUCGAAAACUUGAAAACGCCGACGGGUACUUUGCAAACAUUCCAAUCGUCGCUGUGUCUUCGGGUAUCAUCUCUAUGACUCAGGAUAUCUGUAAAGAAGCUGGCAUGGACAAGUAUGUGAUGAAACCACUUUCGCAAAAGUUAUUAGUCGAUACGCUGAUGAACGCUCUUGAGAUUCACGAAGAAAAGAAACGGUCUUCGGAAAGUCGUGAUUAG